CCGCGCUCCCACUCGCCCACACGGUCCGGGAGCCGCCGGCAGCUCGCUCGGCCCCCGCGCGGCCCGGCCCGCAGGUAGGAGCGCGGAGGGACGCGGGCCCGCCUUCCCGCACAUCCCCCCUCGCCGCGAGCGCGCCCCGCCGCCGCCGCCCGCCUCGAGCUGCUGCAGAUGUUGCAGGCCACGGCUGCCCAGGCUGGUGUGACCAGAGACCCAGCAGGGGGUGAAAGCAGAGAGUCCAGCUGGGGAAGUUUGCCUGGGUCCAGCUUGCAGGAUUUCCUUCCUGCUUAGACCUAGGCUGAGCCUCUGAAGUCCUUAUUGCUGGGCUGACUCUCCUGGGAGGGCUCACUCACAGCCACCAUGAGUGAGGCCUUCGACUGUGCAAAAUGCAGUGAGUCCCUGUAUGGCCGGAAAUACAUCCAGACAGACAACGGGCCCUACUGCGUACCCUGCUACGACAACACCUUCGCCAACACCUGUGCCGAGUGCCAGCAGCUGAUCGGGCAUGACUCGAGGGAGCUAUUCUACGAAGACCGUCACUUCCACGAGGGCUGCUUCCGCUGCUGCCGCUGCCAGCGCUCCCUAGCCGAUGAGCCCUUCACCUGCCAGGACAGUGAGCUGCUCUGCAAUGACUGCUACUGCAGUGCCUUCUCCUCACAGUGCUCUGCCUGUGGGGAGACCGUCAUGCCGGGAUCCCGGAAGCUGGAGUAUGGAGGCCAGACGUGGCACGAGCACUGCUUCCUGUGCAGCGGCUGUGAGCAGCCACUGGGCUCCCGUUCCUUCGUGCCCGACAAGGGUGCUCACUACUGCGUGCCCUGCUAUGAGAACAAGUUUGCUCCUCGCUGUGCCCGCUGCAGCAAGACGCUGACACAGGGUGGCGUGACGUACCGUGACCAGCCUUGGCAUCGAGAAUGCCUGGUCUGCACUGGGUGCCAGACACCCCUGGCAGGGCAGCAGUUCACCUCCCGGGAUGAUGACCCCUACUGUGUGGCCUGUUUUGGAGAACUCUUUGCACCCAAGUGCAGCAGCUGCAAGCGCCCCAUCACAGGACUCGGUGGGGGCAAGUACGUGUCCUUUGAAGACCGCCACUGGCACCACAGCUGCUUCGCCUGCGCCCGCUGCUCCACCUCCCUGGUGGGCCAAGGCUUCGUGCCCGACGGAGACAAAGUGCUGUGCCAGGGCUGCAGCCAGGCAGGGCCCUGAGCCAGGGCUCCUGGGCCCAGGCCCUCCCAAACCAGGGCCCUGAGGACUAAGGCUCCUUUUCCAAACCACCUCUGGGACCCACCCUCUCCCCAGACUGGGGCUCCCCCUGGGCUCCAGGAUUCAGCCUCCCCACUCCAACAUCCACAAACUGGUACUCCCUGGCCCAGGGUCCCCAAACCUGGGCUCUUUCGGGCCCUCUACCAUUCAUAUCUCCUCCCAAGCCUGAACUCUAGAACUCAGCCCUAUCCCCUAGAGUUGUGGUUCCCAGACCAAUUCCUCUCCCCAAAUCCGGCCUCUAGAUCCCACCCCUCCAAACCUGGACUCGGACCCAGGCCUUCAAUCUAGGCUUCUCGGCAGACUUUAGGUCUCUGGGUGCCUGCGAAGUCCUGUACUCAGGCUUGGCCCUCCCCACCCCCAUCCCACUCCUGUCCCAGGGGCUGGGGCUGUUGGGGCAGCAGAUCAGGGUUCACUGGUGAGGAGGUCCUAGGGUACAGGGUUUUGCCCAGCCCGCAAUCGUUGAGUGUUUUCUCAUUUCAGCUCCAUUUCGCCCAGAGAUGGGCAGAGGGGUGGGACUGGUUCACCCCCUUAGAGAUUCUGCAAUAAAGCAGUGUGAGGUAG